UAUGUGUUGUACAUUUGCGUAUAGUGACACCUAUACAAAGCAUAUGGAUUUCAAUGGAAGUAUAUAUAUCCGAACAUCCAGGAUACAAGCCUGCAUUACUGUGCCCCACUCAAGCCAAUUGCUCAGAUACAUGUUGAACAAGAUGCGGAGAGUCUUUCGCCUCUUUAGUAUCGUUGCCUUGAUCGUUCCAACACAGUUGAUCAGAACGGCCAGACAAAUUUUUCCGAGACAGUAUAACAAUUUGUAUGGCGAGAACGCGAAUAAUGUACCGAAUUUGCAGAAUGUGCUCAGGACGGGUGUCGGAGUCCUGAACUUUUUGGCGCAGGGCCAAUUCAACCUGAAUCAAGAGAUCCCGGACAGGACCCCAAAAUUCGGGGAUGUUUACGAUUUCGUGGUGAUCGGUGCUGGCACAGCCGGUGCCACGAUAGCCGCGAGAUUAAGUGAAAUUCGUCAGGCAAAGGUGUUGCUAAUCGAAGCCGGACCCAACGAGAACCUUAUUAUGGACAUCCCGCUGGCUGUUCACUUCCUACAGCUGAGCAACGACAUCAAUUGGAAGUAUCAGACCAAGCCGUCCGACAAGUAUUGCCUCGGGAUGGACAACAAUAAGUGCAACUGGCCCAGGGGAAAAGUGAUGGGUGGCAGUAGUGUGCUGAAUUACAUGAUCGCAACCCGAGGUGGAGCCGAGGAUUACGAUCGCUGGGCCAAGAUGGGGAACAAAGGUUGGGCCUACAAAGACGUCCUGAAGUACUUCAAGAAACUGGAGACGAUCGAUAUCCCAGAACUGCAGUCGGAUACCACUUAUCAUGGAACUAAAGGACCCUUGCACAUCUCCUACCCAUUAUUUCAUACCCCAUUAGCGGACGCGUUCCUGAAAGCCGGCCAAGAGCUGAGGUACCCAAUAAUAGACUACAACGCCGGAAGGGACAUGAUAGGAUUCUCGUAUUUACAAAGCACGAUUAAAAACGGCACUCGCAUGAGCAGCAAUAGAGCCUACCUGUAUCCCAUAAACACUCGUAACAAUAUUCACGUGACGCGCGAAAGCAUGGUGAGGAAAUUGUUGAUCGAUCGUCGCACGAAUCGAGUGAUCGGGGUGGAUUUUACAAAAUUCGGCCGGCUCAUCUCCGUGUUCGCGAGCAAAGAGGUGAUACUGUGCGCGGGCGCGAUUGGGUCGCCCCAAUUGCUGAUGCUGUCCGGCAUUGGGCCGGCCAAGCACCUUGCCGAACUCGGUAUAGACGUUGUUCGAGAUGUCCCGGGGGUCGGAGAGAAUCUAAUGGAUCACGUCGCCUUCGGCGGACUAACGUGGAUGGUGGACGAGCCAGUUGGUAUAAAACUGCAAGAGAUGAUCAAUCCUGCCAAUCCGUUUGUGGCGGAUUUCCUAACCAGGCAAUCGGGUCCGCUUACGAUUCCAGGCGCGUGCGAAGCUCUGGGCUUCAUAAAUACUAAGAGUCCAGAAAAACUCAGCGGUUUGCCGGAUAUAGAGCUUCUGUUCACCGGUGGUGGCUUCAAGGGGGAUCUUCUUCUUCCGAUUGUGAUGGGUUUGAACGAAGAAAUGCGUCAGAUAUGGAAUAAGUAUACCAAUUAUUACGGCUGGAGCAUCCUGCCGAUGUUGUUGAAACCUAAGAGUCGUGGGCGGAUAAGAUUGCUGCGUAACAAUGUCAACGUUAAGCCUGAGAUCGAGGCAAAUUAUUUCGACGAUCCGGAAGACGUUAAAACGAUGAUCGCUGGCAUCAGAGUCGCGAUCAAGGUUGGUCAAACAAGGGCAAUGCAGGCAUUCGGUUCGCAGUUGUGCAAUGACACUUUGCCCGGAUGCGAAAACUACAUCUAUGACAGUGAUGCUUAUUGGGAAUGUGCGAUCAGAAUGGUCCCUUGUACCAUCUAUCAUUACUCUGGUACUUGCAAGAUGGGCCCGAAGGAGGAUCCGACCGCCGUUGUUGAUCCCAGAUUAAAGGUGAUCGGUAUUCAAGGACUAAGAAUAGGAGACGCAUCUAUUAUGCCUGAGAUUAUAGCGGCGCAUACAAACAUACCUGUCUAUAUGAUUGCCGAGAAACUAGCAGAUAUGGUCAAGGAAGACUGGGGUUACUUAGAGAAGUCAUUAUCGUAAUGUUAUAGUGAUUAUACCAGUUGUCACGCAAAUUAUUUUAUAUUGACGAUUAAAAUUACAAAUAAAAUAAUAAUAUACUCAAUCGUUAGCGUGACAAAUAUAAAAGUAUGAAAAAAAAGUUUUUAUUUAAAUUGUUUUAAAUUAUUUUUAUUUAUUUUCUUCACACAUUGCAUUUAAAUUACAUUAAAACUAUUACUUGUAAUAACUUCAAAAUAUGUUACCAAAAAAUAGAGAUUAGUUACAAAAAAAUUGUUAAAAAAAUAUAAUUUAAAAUAUCUUGGCGUACCAUAAAAUAUUCAUGUCAAAUUAUUAUUGUUUUUCAUUAUU